GGGUUCUACCAUGGCGUGAGGACCUGCUGCAGGGAGAUCAAGAAACGUAAGUCCUGAUACAAAUGCUGAAAAUGCACAUGAUGGGGAAUUUGUAGACUAUGGAAAUAAUAUAAUCCAAGCAGCCAGCAAGAGGCAUGCAGCAGAAGAGGAAAAUAUGCAACAACUACAUUUGUUUUUAUUGAAAGAUCAGGAAAAUAAACAGCCACAAGCACCAGCACGCCAUCCAGAAACACAAUAAAGCAAGAGACAAAAGAACACGAGCCUCCAAGCAUUUAUAGCAAACACUGCAGCUUCAUCCUCUAGGCAGCUGGAGAAUUGCUGCCUGAUUUUAUCAAGAUACUUUUCUAAAGCUAAGAAGGAAUCUCCUUGUGAAUCACCUGUGCAGAUGUGGAUCUACAGAGCAGGCAUGUCUCUUAACUCCGGAGACCAUCAUGAGCAAAUGCCCUCAAACACAGGCAGGAGCAGAGCUGUUGGGCCUAUCCAUAUUCAUCUCCACCAGGGCUUUCUACCUUCUGGUGAAGCACUUGGUUUCAUUGUGCUGUCUUCAAGGGAAACUCCCACUCCGCUGCACCAGGUACAACAAAGCAAAGCACAGCAGCAGCUCCAAAACCGAGUUCAAUCGGCUACCAUUAUUCAAGCAGCAUGGAGAGGCUACCAACUUCGAAGAGGGCUGCAAGAAAUGAACAAAGCCUCUGUCAAGAUUCAGGCAGCAUGGAGAGGCUACCAGGUUCGAAGGGAGCUGGAUGAAAUGAACAAAGCCGCUGUGAAGAUUCAGGCAGCUUAUCGAAGCCAUAGGACGCGGAAGGCAUUGCCCCUCGGGUUUUACAAUUGCUUAAGAGAUAAAAAGGCUGAGCUGGGUGGAAAGAAGAAAGAAGAAGAGGGAAUGAUGUUAGUGCUUGGAGUGCCUGGCACCCUGGAGUGCAACAUGUGGUGUGAGGAAAUCUCCCAUGCGCCAGCUGCUACCUUCAAAAUUGAGAGUCCAGCAGGUCGUUGCAGGGACAGACACGGUCCAAGCUCUGAUGUUAUUCCUAGGGCAGCUGUGUACAGUCCAGGGGUUUAUCUCACGCCCAUCAAAGCUGUGAACCAUGAAGACAAUUUACUUGCCUUUGAGAUUCUCCCAGCUGUGACAUCUGAACAGCAAGUCCAGAAUGCUGCAGAUAAAAUUCAGGCUGCGGGGAGAGAGCACCAAAGCACAGAAGAGCUUGAUAAAAUGGAAAGACCAGCUGAGAAGAAAUCAGAGCAGAACCUGGUCUUAGCGUACAGUUGUCAACUCAAACAAAACUUUUGUGAAAAUGUGCAAACUUCAGAUAUAUGCAGGAUCACUGGAGUGCUGAAAUGGGCUUCAAAGCCCAAAGACCCAUACCCCAAACAAAGCCUCACUGCGCAGUUAGAAAUGAAAAAGGGGAAAAAAGCAUCUGAUGCUGAGAGCAAAGCCCCAUCCAUCAGGAAGGUUGAAGUGCACACAGUGGUGAGGAACCUGGCAGCAUCCCAGCGAUGCCCCAUCUCCCUCCGCGUGUCCAGUCCCAACGGAACUGUGGAGUGCUCUCAGAGGGACAUGGCUAUGGGGCAGCUGCGUGGGCUGUACGCUGUCAGAGGAUGCGGGGGCUCGCAACCUGCUUAUGUCUCCAUCUGCAUCAGCGUGGUGCAAGCGGGAAGGAAGGCAGGAGGGAUCUCAGUGUGGUAGGAAAGCGUGGAGACCCAGCACCCUCCUCUCACAUCCUGUGCUCACAGAGCCUGGGCAUGGCUGAAACUCCCAUCCUGGUGCAGCUGGAUGCCAUCAGCCCUCACGCAGAUCUCCUGCUGCUGCCUGCUGUGGUCACAUCUCUCAAGGCAAGCUCCAAUCGCUGUCACAAACCGGUCCAAGCAGAAGCUCAAGAUUCGCGCAUCCUUUCAGAGCUCGUUAUUUAGCCCGGGGUACCCUUAUGCAACGCUGCAGCCGAAAGCCCAUCGCGCUAGGAGUCAGCUUUCACGCCACCGCACUGCUCUCUCGCAGCAGGCCCAAUAAACGCCGUGCAGCGGCCGUGCCCGUGUGCUGCGCUGCUGCGUCCCGCCUGGGAGCGGAGCUGGAGCGGCGCGGAACGGUGGGAGCAAAGCGUGGAGCGGGCGGGGAGAGGGGCCGAAAGGGAAGAGUCGAGACUUGGGGUAGCGGGAGGAAGCGGAGAAAGCGGCCGUCGUGCUGGGACGCUGCGGGAAAGAGUAGGGAUGCCGGGCUGCCUCCCAGGCAGUGCAGGUAUCUGCGCUGCUCUGCCGCCCGCUGCCGGCUCCAGCUUCGCGGUGUUGGAGUCUUGGGCCGUACCCCGAUGUCGGGGACAGGUUCCCUGACAGCUGUGGGAAAGCAAAGGCAAACCGUUGAGAAGGUUCAAGUUUCAUCCUGAUGCUUCAGAAAUUCUGUUAUCUCAGGGAUGGAGCAUCCACACAUCUCUCCCUUCCACAAGGUGUUGGAGAGGACAGCUGGAUGAAAGCUUGUAAACGGGAGGCACCUUCACCAAGCAAACACAAGACAAUGCAGUAUAUUACUCCCCAGUGCCCUUCUCUGGUUGUCAGACAACUCUGGCAGCCAGAGAUUAGGCAGGAGAGGGCCCUGUCUCUUGCUCAACCCAGUCAGUGGCUGGAGGAAAUGGUAAAGCAAACACACCGUCUUUCCUUCCAGCAGCCUCCAUGUAGUGUCUAAAGAGCCGGAUAGUAGGUUAUCUUCAUUACCUCCAAGCAGUGGGCUUCUUGGGCUGCACUGAAGACAAGCAUCUCUACAGCCUGCAGUACAGCAGUGUCUAACAGGGAAGUGCCAGAUGCAGUCCCAUCCAGUGACUAAGAUCAGCCCUGGAAGGUGAACACGGCAGGUCCAUUGCACUAACAGAGGGCCUAACUAACAAGAAGAACUAACUAACUAACAAGAAGAAAGUUUCUGGUAUCAUAGAAUCCUGGAAUACUAGAAUGGCUUGGGUUGGAAGGGACCUCAAAGCCCACCCAGCCCCAACCCCAUGCCAUGGGCAGGGCUGCCACUUGCCAGCUGAGACUGCCCAGGGCCCCAUCCAGCCUGGCCCUGAAUGCCUCCAGGGGGGGGUGGGGGGGGAAGGGGCACGCACAGCUUCUCUGAGCAGCCCAUUCCAGUAGUAGCAACAUGACUUUGAACCACGUUGACAUGGCAUCUUUUUCACUAGAGGAAGCUGAAUAACAUGAUGGGGUUACAGCUGCCAGUUAUCCAUGGACCUCAGAUGAGGCAAAUCUGAAUUAAACAGACUGCGACAGCACCAAAAUCUGUACCUUGCUGGAAAAGCACACUUCCCAUACAGAAGGCAGCAAGCAAGGAAACUCCUCUGGGUUAUGAAUGUGCAUUAGAGCAUGAGGACAAUCUCUGAGGAUAUGCAAACAGGAAUUGUUUUGUUUGUGGAGAGCAUAUAGGAAAACUGUGCCAGCACAGAGAUAGAAAGCAUCCAUCGGAGCAGAAAGCGUUUUAGGUCUGGAUGCAAACUAGAGUAAUUUUGCACUGCUCUCCCUUGAACCUGAAAAUUUUGGGGGCAAAAGAAAAAAAAAAAAAGCCUUUCUGCAGGCAGAGGUGGUGAAGUGAGUUUCAGUUGGAAAGAAAAACAGCAGUAGGGUGCAGGAGAUGAACCCAGAGAUUUACGGCAGGCUCUAAAGGAAGCUCAGCCCAAGGGCAUUGCUGCCAUUGCCACACACAGGGCUGGCGGCAGUGCGCGCCCGCAGCUGUGCUGGCCAGUGCUCUCUGUGGGCACUCCUGUGCUGCCUUGUGUGUGUGUGUGAUGAGACACAGAGUCAGAAAUCGGCCAUCUUACCACCUAUAAUGUUUUGCCACCCUCCCUCCCCCCCUCCACCUCCCUAUUUUUCUCUUGUAAAAUAGCCAUUAUACUGUGAAAAAAAUGAAUAAACUAAGUUAGCUCUUAAGGGGAGCCACCUCAUUUGUCAGACCUACAGAUACAGCUGGAGCAAACAAUCUGUCAGGCAUUUGGUGUGUUUUGGGGGCUGAUUUGCAGCCUGGUCUGGUUCUGGUUUUGUUGUUUUUUUUUUUUUUUCCCUACAGUAAUUGGCAGUAUCACAAAAUGCAUUUCUCCCCCUUAAACGCUUUGCCUCACUUUGAAUCCCAGACAGCGGUGGCUGUGGCCACCCGAAUUCCACCCCAAGCACAUCAGCCAGAGCUUAGGACCCAGAGCCCUGUUUUAGGCUUACUGGAUGUGACAGCUGAUGGAAAAUCAAUGAAGUGUGCUUUAGGGAGCGUCAUAAUGAUGCAAGAUGAGGCUCAAAAGGUGCCCGCAUGCCUUGCAGGCUCGGCUGUCUGCUUUAGGUUUUAACCAGAUUGUUUUAGCGCCCUACUAGGAUGAGAUCAAUUUGCCCAUGAAAAGAAAGGACUAUAUUUAAAGGAAAAGCUACAGCCGUGCCCAUGCUGUGUCUGAUGCUCUGUGUGCUGUGUUGGAGCCGUUCAGAUGUGGCUGCCCUUGGUUCGGUUGUGGAGAAUGAGGAUGCGCUCCUGAGACACUUAUUUCAAGGCUAUCAGAAAUGGGUCCGCCCCGUGGAAAACUCCAACGACACCAUCAAAGUCCUCUUUGGGUUAAAGAUAUCACAGCUUGUGGACGUGGAUGAGAAGAACCAGCUGAUGACGACCAACGUGUGGCUGAAGCAGGAAUGGAUGGACCACAAGCUCUCCUGGAAUCCAGAGGAAUAUGGUGGGAUCACUGCUAUCCGUGUCCCUUCUGAGUCCCUGUGGCUUCCCGACAUUGUUCUGUUUGAAAACGCUGAUGGACGUUUUGAAGGGUCCCUGAUGACCAAAGCCAUAGUGAAAUACAAUGGAGUGGUGACCUGGAUGCCACCAGCCAGCUACAAGAGCUCCUGCACGAUGGACGUAACCUUCUUCCCCUUCGACAGGCAGAACUGCUCCAUGAAAUUUGGGUCAUGGACAUAUGAUGGCAGUAUGGUGGACUUAAUUCUAGUGGAUGAAAAUGUAGACAGGAAAGACUUCUUUGAUAACGGGGAGUGGGAGAUCUUAAAUGCCAAAGGUAUGAAAGGCAACAGGAAGGAUGGGCUGUACUCUUACCCAUUUGUCACUUACUCCUUUGUGUUGAGACGCCUUCCACUGUUCUACACUCUUUUCUUAAUAAUCCCUUGCCUGGGAUUGUCUUUUCUAACUGUCCUGGUGUUUUACCUGCCCUCAGAUGAAGGAGAAAAGCUCUCAUUGUCCACUUCAGUUCUAGUGUCCCUCACUGUUUUCCUUUUAGUGAUUGAGGAAAUAAUCCCUUCUUCUUCCAAAGUCAUCCCCCUGAUUGGUGAGUAUCUCCUGUUCAUCAUGAUUUUUGUGACCCUCUCUAUCAUUGUGACUGUCUUUGUUAUCAACGUCCACCACCGCUCCUCAGCAACUUACCACCCCAUGGCCCCCUGGGUUAAAAGACUCUUCCUCCAGAAGCUGCCUCGGCUGCUCUGCAUGAAGGGACACGUAGACCGUUAUUCCUUCUCAGACACUGAGGAAAAGGAAACCACCUUGAAAUCAAAACUCCCAGGAAAACAGAAACACAAGCAAGCAAAAGAUGGAGAGAAAGUCGUGAUUGCCUUUCUGGAAAAGGCAGCUGAUUCCAUUCGGUACAUUUCCAGGCAUGUUAAAAAGGAGCACUUCAUCAGGCAGGUUGUCCAAGACUGGAAAUUUGUAGCUCAAGUCCUGGAUCGGAUCUUCCUGUGGUUAUUCCUGGUGGUGUCAGUGACGGGUUCAGUUCUCAUCUUCACCCCUGCAUUACAGAUGUGGCUGAACAGCACUUUGUAGAAAAUGCUCCCACGCUAACAUACAACAAGCCCAAUGACAUGGGAUGGUGGUGCCUUUGAGACCGGUCUCUGCUCUGCAGGAUGGGAAGCAGGCAAGAAGGUGAUGUUAACAACAGGCAUUGGCUACUACUUCCUUCAUGUGGCUCUGACUGUUACAGCCUUAGUGGAGACUGGAGAAGGGCUCGGUGAAUGGCUGAAUCCAAAAGUGAAUUGGGGAUGCAUAAAUGAGUUACAAGUAUUUUACUAGUAGUUUGGUUAUAAUACAGUAUAAGCCAGGAUUAUUAGUUAUACUUGGGGAUAGCAGUUCUGGCACAACCAUUAUUUUUCACGAGUAGAUGUGUCAGUUAAAAUACUACUUAAUGAAAGAAAUUAGAGUAUAGUAGCAGCAUAGCGCUCAGUUCUUAGUGCACAGUAGCAAGUCAGUAUUCAGCUUAUCUACCAAGUAAAAACCACAAAGUCCUUAUAGAUAGCUUUCUACAUGUGUCAGAACAGGCAAUUAUAUAGCAUGUGCAUUAGAAAAAAAAGCGUGAAGAAUUUUUAGAUGGGAUACCCAAAACCUGAACUCUGUGGCCAUACCUUCAGGACCAGCUCAACCACGGGAGAGCUUAGAGCUCUGCCCACCCACUACCAACCUCUACAGCAUGCACGUUUUGUCUCUCCUCUUGGCCAUCAGGAAGUUGCAAGGUGUUAUAUUCUUUUCUGUGUAAUAUGCAUUUUUGCCUCAUACAGUGAAAGAUAAUUAAAGGCUGAACAAGUGAGGGUUUUUCCCCUGCUCCUCCACAUUUGGAAACUAUGAUUCCUUCACCUGCAUGUUCACAGGACUGGAAGAUCACCUGGACUACAUCCCCUGAAAGAACGCAACCAUGCUGUUCCAGGUGGCAACAAAGAUCUUCCUAAGUAGUUCAGUUUGAGGAGAUGCAAGAUCAUCUGUAGCAAAUGAAGCUUGUCGCUGGUGCAGAAGUGUAUUUUCUCCUGAGAGCUGAGGGGUGUGUUGGCUGCCAGAAGGGUACAUCUUUGGUGUUGGCUUGCCCAUGUUUCUCAGUCAAUUCAGAAUUUCAUUGCUUUGAAGCAUUUAAAUGGAAUUCUUCUGCAUUAUUAGAACAGAAAUGCACAGGUGGGGGUCUCUUUACAUUCCCUGGGACAAAGCUCUGCCAUCAUUACAUCCUUUAGAAGACUUCUCUCAGAAGUAGUAGGUACUUUUGAGGUGAUUGGGGAUCCAAUUUUUGACAACAUAAAUGUAAAUCUAUUGCUAAAACUUUAGCUAGCUUUGAAACUUUCUCUCUAAGGACAGAGGUCAGAAGGUGUUGAAAAUACCCAAAGGUAUUGUUGUGUGUAUGACAUGUGCACACCAGGCCUGUGUGAGUUCAGAUCAUCUCAUCUUGUUCUGUGACUGCAAUUCACUUGUGCAAAUAUAAUCAAUAAAAUUGUGUUUAGUAAAGGAUUCUCUGAAGUGAGAAUACUCUUAUAUUGAUGCUGAAGUUGUUCUUAGCUUUUUGUUUUGCCAGUCCAACUUCUAGCCUACUUUAAAAAAAUGCUGGUUUCAAGUCUAUUCAAAUACGUGAUUUUGUUUGUUCUUGGAAAGUACUCCUAUCUUUUUACCUGUGUGUAUGAGUUUGAGGAGGAAGCUUUCAGAGCUGGCUAUUAUACAGCAGGAUCCUAAAACAGAUUCAUUCAGUUUAGCAUAUACAGACAGGUGUCUUAACGUAGACACUGCUAUAUAUAUCUUACACGUUAGCCUGCUCUUCUUUCCAUGCAUUGUUCAAGUCAUUUAGUGACCC